AUGUUCGCUCUGUUUCUGCUGGGUAUCGUCUCUCUGGUUUGGACAAGUAACGAGACUGCAAUAUUGUGCUAUAAGUGUGAGAAAUACCACCUGGGGCUGUGCUACGACAGCAUGACGUCCUGCAUCCUGCAGUACCAGCAGUCCUGCGCCAUCGAGAAUGUCUACAUCCUCCUGAGAAAAGGGCGGAGUGUAUACUAUUAUUCAAAACUGUUGUGCAUGACCAACUGUGAGGACUUCAACAUCUUGGGGUUUGAGACGAGGACAGAGCUGAUCUGUUGCAAACAUAGUAACUAUUGCAACCUCCCCGUGGGAUCCUAG